GGACCGGGACUGGGAUCGGGAUUGGAAUCGGAAUCGGGACCGGGAUCGGGACCGGGAUCAGGACCGGGACCAGGACCAGUGCUGCUCAGGCUCGUGAAAGCAGAGGCCGGAGGGCUCGGCGGAACUCGGCCAUGUUCUGAGGGAGGCUGCAGGACGCCGCUGGAUCCGGGUACCGCAGGUGUGCCUGAAGGAAUCGCCCUUCUCUCGGCCCUGCCAGGCGCUGGGUGAGACGGAAUCAUGGCAAGUCCAAGAACAAGGAAAGUCCUCAAGGAAGUCAGAGCACAAGAUGAGAACAAUGUCUGUUUUGAAUGUGGUGCAUUUAACCCCCAGUGGGUGAGUGUGACCUAUGGAAUUUGGAUCUGUCUGGAGUGCUCAGGAAAACACAGAGGCUUGGGAGUUCACCUCAGUUUUGUGCGUUCUGUAACCAUGGACAAGUGGAAGGAUAUUGAGCUGGAGAAAAUGAAGGCUGGAGGUAACAGCAAAUUCCGACAGUUCUUGGAAUCUCAAGAUGAUUAUGAUCCAUGCUGGACAAUGCAAGAGAAGUACAACAGCAAAGCUGCAGCUCUGUUUAGAGACCAGGUAGCUACAGUAGCUGAAGGCAAGGAGUGGUCCAUCGAAACUUCUCCUGCCAGGAACUGGACCCCACCUCAGCCUAAAAUGUCUCUGUCUUCUGCUCACCGUUCUGCUGGACAAUCUCAGACUGCAACUGCCUCUUCUGACAAGGCUUUUGAAGACUGGUUAAAUGACGAUGUCAGCUCCUACCAAGGUGGCCAAGAGAAUCGCUACGUGGGGUUUGGGAACACAGUAAACCCUCCCAAAAAAGAGGAUGACUUCCUGAAUAAUGCCAUGUCCUCAUUGUACUCGGGAUGGAGCAGUUUUACAACUGGAGCAAGCAAAAUUGCCUCAGCUGCUAAAGAGGGUGCUACCAGAUUUGGAUCUCAAGCAAGUCAAAAGUUUUGGGGCUACAAGCAGCAGCCAGAGCCGGCAUCAGAGUUAGGUCAGACAUUAAAUGAAAAUGUUCUCAAACCUGCACAGGAAAAGGUGAAAGAGGGGAAAAUAUUUGAGGAGGUCACCACGGGGGUGUCACAGUUGGCCAGCAAGGUUCAGGGAGUUGGAAGUAAGGGAUGGAGAGAUGUCACCACUUUCUUUUCAGGCAAACCAGAUGAUAAUUCUGACAGACCAGCUGAGGGAGACAGCUACCAGAACAGUGGAGGGGAGGGCUACCAGAACAAUGCUGUAGAUCAAAGCUUCUGGGAGACCUUUGGCAACUCAGAUCCACCAAAAGCUCACAAAUCUCCAAGCAGUGAGAGCUGGACCUAUGUGGACAAUUCCACAGAGAAGAAGAGCUCGGAUAGCUGGGACGUGUGGGGCUCGGGAACAGUCUCCAACAAGAACAGUAACAGCGACAGCUGGGAGAACUGGGAGACCAACUGGGAGAACACAGGAGGGGAGAGCAAGACCAGAAAACCUCCUAAGGCAACAAAAAAUGCGUGGGAUGACUUCUAGAACUCUGCUCUGCACAGCUGGGAGAGGGAGGCUGUGCUGCUGAUGGAGGGGAGGAAGUUUUACACACACCUGGAGUAUCAUGGCUGACCUUUCUGAUCUGUUUGUGCUUCCCAUUCAUUCUCCUUCCUUCUACCCCGGUAUAGGGAAAAAAAAGUAGCAUCUGAAUCUUUUCUUACAUAAAGGUGGCUUUCCCUUUUUUAAGGCUAGUGAUAAGUAUAUUCUCCUUGCACUACUGGAGCUGGCUACAGCAACUUCCUUGUUAAAGGAAAGAAAUCAGUGCAAGGACACUUCCAUGGCACAACCUUGCAUGUGUAGGUUAAUAGGUGUUCAUCCAAUCUUCAUCUAAUUUGAGAUUUGGGGUGUUUAAUGCAAACAAAGGACAGGGUGUGACUUGGAGAGACAGCCAUUAAGUGGGCAAGCUGCAGUUGGAUACACCGAGUUCCAAUGCCUUAUGGAUUGCUCUGACUACAGGAGGUCUGGCAAUUCAAGAUGGUCUUUAACAUAUUUUUUAUUGGAGAAUUGUUUUUAAACAUUAUGACAUUUUUUUUUUUUUUAGUAGUUGAAAAAUUAUUUUCCCCUUUAGAAUUCAGAAGGAAUCUACUACUAGGUAAUUACUUGUGUAAACUUACAGGGUUGACCUGAGCUCUUAAGGGAUAUCCAGAAUGGCUCUAUUUUCCCACCUUACUCAAUGGAUUGAAUUUGUACAUGGAAAUGCAAAGCUGUGGUGUUUUCCUUCCUCACCCAUGCCCCAAUUUGAGUAUUUUAUGUACUCUCUUUUUUCCCUUUCUUCCUUCUACCUGUGUAGUAUUAUAUUAAUGCUGUUAAAAACGAAGUCUUUCUGCUGCUUAUGUCCUUCUGGACAUUCGUUUGGCAACCUGGCAGCAAAAAAAUAAAUUACAAAGAAAAUUCCAGCAAGAAAAAAUGGGUGGAAAAUACAAGAACAUUGAGGAAAGAGCCUGGCAGCAAGCCCCUUUCAAGAUAAGUAGAUGUCUGGACUUACUAGUAAAAUUUAAUUUAAGCAGAUGUUUUCCAAAUGAUUCUUUAGUGUGUCAAGCUGUAUCUCUGUUUCUGUCAUAUAUUUCUCCACAUUUUCUUCCUGGAUCUUGUUAAAGAAACACUAUUCUGGAAACUUGAGAAACUCUUUGUCAGCAUUAAGGACUGGAACAGGAGAUAGAGUUAUGUGUCAGUUUUGACCCAACACAUCGCUUUGCAUGACACAAGCCAUAACUUCUAGAGAAGAAUUGUGACUUUUAACAUCAAAGGUGUCAUAGGUAUCCCAUUUUAUUUUGGGGGAUGAGUUGUGAAUGUACCCUUAGCACGAAAACAAUCAGCUUGCUUGAAAACUCAAAUCAUGAUGUUCUCUGUGGUCUGCAUUUCCAGCAUGGAGUUCUUUCUGUGAACCCUGUAGAUCCUAUUACUUACCUAAAAAAGCCUUUUCUUUUAAAAACUGGUUAAUUUGUUCAUCAACCAACCAAAGGUGUCAGUUACCCUAAAUGACACUCCACUUCUUUUACUCCUCACAGAGGUUUUUGAGCAGAUAGUAAUAUCAGCAGUUUAAAAAGGAAAGAAAAUUCAUUUCCUCAUAAGCAGCAGAUUUAAAGGCUUAAGUCUGAGUUGAAGCAGCUCUAUUUACAGCCUGAAUCUGUAUUUCUAUGACUAGGAUCUUUCAGAUGGUGAACAGAGUAUUUUUCCAGUCUUCUCUGACCCUGUUCUGCGAGAGUUGGGAUUUCUUUUUCCCCCCUUGCCUCUCCUGAGAGCGUGGUCUGAAGCUCAUGGUCUCUGAGCCUCUGAAGCAGGACCCAGAGCUGCUCAGGCCCAAGUGCUGCUGCAGGCUGAGCCAUUCCCGAGGUGUCCCUGCUGUCACAGACCCUUUGGAAGUGCCAAAGGCAUGAGACUGCAGUGCUGCUCGUGGUACCAUUGGCAGCAGGUCACAGCCUGACUAAAACAAGUUUUUUUUUUCUACUUUUUCUCCAGUUCCAAGUAUAACUUUAUCAUAGCUUAGCUGCAUGUCGAACAUAACUUUGUUUUUUUAUGCUUACACCUCUGUUGCCUCUGUGUCAAUGUGGCUGCUGCCCAGUCUGAAGCUGAUUCAGCUUCUUCUGUACAAGAUUAUUACAGUUUCUCUUUCAUAAACCUCCUGAAAUGGC